AUGGAAAAUCCCUUCGCCGAGGGUGCGUUUCGCUGGGUUGCCAAGGCAAGAUAUUCCGAUGGCGACCGCCGAGGCCAGCAGUGCGUGAUCAAGUGGUUCAAAACGGGCGUCGUGUUUGAAGAAGACUAUUUCACCCUCGACAUCAAGGCUGUCGACAAGGCCUUGGAGAUUGUCAAUCGCUUCAACCAGUUAAACAUUGUCAACAAGACCAUCAAAAUCAAUGUGCCCCAGGUGUGGCGCAUUACUCGUUCGCAUCGCAGCAACUUGAUCGGUUCGCGUCAUCUCAUCGAGCCUUUUAUCCAGAACUACCAGAAGUUCAACAGCAACACGGGAUGGAACGACGACACUCGGCAUUGGGCGCGAGUCAUGCAGGCCCUAAGCCACUUCAGCUAUCACAUCAGUGGAGGGAACUACGUCCUGUGCGAUCUCCAGGGCGGCAUCUACCAGAACGAGGUUGUUUUGUCGGACCCCGUCAUCCUCUCCCGAAACCGCGAGUACGGGGUGACGGAUCUCGGCCCCGAGGGAAUCAGCUCCUUCUUCAGUCAGCACUGCUGCAACGAGUACUGCCGUCCUAACUGGACUCAACCGGCCAAUCCCCAAGAGUUCUACCGCCAUGUUCGCGGCACCACCAUGAUUCAGCGCAACGUGCCUACCGCCAUGUCUAGGUCUCGUUACACCUACUACUAG